UAUACUGUACAAGACUGUCUCCGCCGUCGGCGUGACCUCACGUCUACCGACGAGAAUCUUCUUCUUCCUUCCUCCUCUUUCUUUCUGCCAUGGCUACAGUGGUGCUUCCUCGGUUUUCAGCCUCGACGAUUUCUGUUCCCGAUCCAGAUCCAGAUCCGCUAUUCACUUGGUUCUCAGAUCUACUUUCUGUGGCUCCACCUCCAGAACCUCCAGACCCUCCUGAGCCAUCAGAUUCGUUCCUUCCUCUAUGUCGACCUUACAUCUUUGAAGCUUCAGCCUCCUCUCGAAGAUCUCGUUCUAGCUUUGACGAUUCAGCUCUUGUGUCUUCUGGUGUUCAACUAUCUACUGCUUUGUGCAGUUCUCUAUCGUGUCCUAUUCUCGGGGAGAACCCAUGGUUACCUUUGGCUGGACCCUUCGCUCCUUGCAUCAAGCGUUCACAAGGUUUGGGUUCCUCAGUCUAUUGGAGUAAAUCACUUAUCUUGGAACCUUGCCUUUUGUUAGGUUUUAGUUAUUUCAAUAAGAGUCUCCUUUUACCUUGGAAUGAGGAUGUUGUGCUCUCUUUGAAGCUAUUUUUACCUCAGUUUGAGGAUGUUGUGCUCGUUUUGAAGCUCUUUUUACCUCAGUUUGAGGAUAUUGUAGGCUCUGUGAGUUUCAUUAUGAAACUCUAUUUACCUCAGUAUGAGGAUAUUACACUGUGGUGUACCAGUCUCUUACCUCAGUGUGAGGUUAUUUGGACCUUUUCCUUUGUGGUUUUGGUUUCAUUUAUUUCAGGUUUACUCAGUCGGCAGUGGUCCUCUUCACAGCCUUCAGACUUCUUAAAGCAAGGCUUCGUCGGUUCUGAGUUUGUAGCUGUUUCGGGUGGUCUCUUUCCAAAACUUUCACCUGCCUUGAAUGGUGUUGGUACAAGGGAUAGUGUGUCGAAGAUGGUUCUGUCAGAUGCAGAAACUAUGCCUUCAAUUGCUUGCCUUUCAGCAAUCUUUGAUGCUGCUGACCUUCUAACCGUGAUGCCCCUUGAGACUUUAAUGUCUCUCAUUUGUGAAAUUGUCUGGAACUGCCAAGAUGCAAAGGUAGUUUUUCAAGCGUUGGUGGGUUCUGCACUCAUGGUUGAAGCUUUGAAGCUACGCUCAGCUCUCCUCAAGGCUAAGGAAUUAAUCCUCCUUAGUUUUCAUUUAUUCUCAGACUCUCAAGUCUUCAUAUUUACCCUGCGCUUAGGGUCUGUUUUGAACGAGAUCGCAGGUGUUCUCCAUGACGUUAGAAGCCUUGCUACUCUCUUCAAUCCUCUAUCUUUUAGUUGCUUUCCUUGUUUUAAUAAUGUUCAGGCUGUUUUUCUGGCAAAGGCUAAUCUUGAAUGUAUGAAUAUUAAAAAUACUGUGGUUUAAGUUAAUUGAAUGAAAGAAAUGGUUGACAAAAAAA